UUCUUCUUUACAUUUCUAUACCACCCAUCCUCUGAGGAUCACAGGGCGGUUGACAAUAUAAAAGCACAAAGCACAUACCCUAGUAACAAAGAAAAGCAAUAAAUCCACCCUCACACACUUUAAAAAGCCAUCAAUUGUUUAAUUAGCCAAAAGCUUGGGUUUUUGCCUGGCACCUAAUUUAACACUAGCAAUUUAAUAGAUUUGAGAGCUCAGGUGGAAACCCUAUUGCAAAUAAAGCAGUAGUGUCAAAGAGCAAAGCUUGACAUUAUACUCUGUGUGAAGACAAACAAUUUUGUAUAUGAUGAUCAUUUCGUUUAAGAAUCACUUGAGACAUCCUGAAAACAAUGCUAUUUAAUAAAAACAUAUAUAAAACUAUAUAUUCAAAUCCAUUAUAGAUACUAACAUCUCCAUCUAAAAGGCCUGUUUUAUGCAUGUUUAUGGCCAGUGAUUCAUCGCACUUAAAAAAAUAAAAUCAAAAUUCAGCAACGAGAAAAGCAGUUGUCAUUGAGUUUGCACAUUGUGGCACACUCCACACCACUGAGUGCGUAUGUGCCCCUGGCCACACCCAGGAAUGCCAAUACCCACUUUCUGCAAUCUUGGGUUUCCAAAAUUAGGUUGAUCUGAUACCUUCUAGCUUGGCCCCACCCUUUAACUCUUCUUGAAAACAAAAGGAAGUCACCACAGAUCGUUAAAAGCAACAAGAAAACAACUUCUCCAUUUUUUAAAAAAAAAUUAAGACACCCAGCCUGUUACAGAUCAUAGUGCUUUGGCCAGCCUAUGCAAUAGCAGCAACUUAAUACUCUUUGGUUGGUCCUUGACAAGAGAUGGAACCUGCUCAGAUGGUGACUGGAUCAUCGAUGACUGAAACCUGGAGCGGAGAUUUUGAGUCAUCCGCUAUAGACAAUUAUGGUGACCUGGUGAAUUAUGGCAUUUGCCACCUGCAAGAACUGCCAUUUGCCUAUAUCUUUAUCCCCACCGUCUACUACAUUACUUUCCUCAUUGGUUUCUUCGGGAACCUCUUUGUGAUCCUGUUGAUGGCACGAAAGGAAGGCCGGAAGAGGCUCGUGGACACCUUUGUCCUCAACCUGGCCGUGGCUGACCUGGUCUUCGUAUGCACCCUGCCUUUCUGGGCUGUAUCAAAAGCCCUUGGUUACUGGUGCUUUGGCGAGGGGCUAUGCAAGUUGAGUAGCUACGCCAUCACUGUGAACCGUUGCUCUAGCAUCUUGUUCCUGAUGGGCAUGAGUGUGGAACGCUUCCUCGUGAUGACCAAGCAGUGGGAUUCCAGGACCAUCAGCACCAGGAAGAGCAUAGCUGUGAGCUGUGGUUGCAUCUGGGUGUUCUCCCUUCUGCUGGGGAUGCCAUCUCUAUUCUACAGAAAGUUGAACCCGGUGGAUGACAAGUAUUUGUGCCAUGACAUGCCCUCCCCCACCUUCAGCUUGAUUAUGCUCAUCUUGACCUUCCUCCUGCCUUUGGGAGUAAUCUUGUUCUGCUACUGCUCUAUCUUCUCCAAGCUUCGGAGCCAUGUCCACCUAGGCAAGAGGAGAAACAAUGCCCUCAAGAUCAUCUUUGCCAUCGUUGGAGCAUUCAUCUGUUCUUGGCUGCCCUUCAACGUGUUAAAGGCAUUCUUCGUCUUCACCAUGGCCCAGGACAUCCAUCUCCGCUGCUCAGCAAUGAUGGCUCUCACGUGGGGGCUGACCAUCAGUGCUUGCCUGGCAUUCGCAAACAGCUGUGUUAACCCUAUCAUCUAUGUCUUUAUGGAUCAGCAAUUCCGACAGCAGGCCCUGAAGCAUUUCCCUGCUUUCUGCAGCAAAAGGGGAAAUGUGCAAAGUUCAGCCCUGUCCUUUUCAUCCACAGACACAAGCCUCCUAUUUGCCAGCAGGAAGAAGCCCACACCAGCAACAUCAGCUCGGGCAGGAGACCCAGAGAGCAAAGGGGUAGGUUUGUAACCCUCCAAGAGUAGUAUAAUGUUGGCUGGACUGCUGCGAAAAGCCAGCAAGAUUUCUGGGCUAUGCUAGUUGGGGAAAGGAGCGCAGGGAGAUGAGUUAGAAGCCUGUACUAAGUAUGCCAAAGGAAUGGGUAUAAAGAUUCUGACCAUUUGAUGUAAAUCACAGUAAUAUCAAGGAGGUAGAAUUCAGUUAUCCAAACAUGUAUAUCAAAUGCAUAAAAUCAACUCCCACUUAUGUAAAUUGCCUACCAAUUGCUACUGCACAAUAAGCAGGCAGAUUUAACCUAUGUAAGACUUCAUAAAAUGAUUUCAACUGUCUAAAAUGGUGGUAUUAUAGAUUUAAAUAGUUGCAAUUACAGUAAUAUAUGCUGGUGAAAAGUGAAUGCUUUUAGCUGUAUGUACAGUUGCUUGCCAUCUGCUUAUCUCCCCAUAUCUAGAUUUCAUGUAGCUUUUACUAGUUUGAUGAACAGCUGUUGAUCCUUGAUUGAAAAUAUGCUUAAAUGAAUAGAGAAGGAAAAUGAAAAAAGUUGUUGUGUAAUUCUAUAUCAAAUAUUCUUUGAAGCAAUAAUGUGAAAAACCACCUGCCAAAAAAGCA